AUGAAGAAAAAGGUGGUAUUAAUGGGGGCGUCGGGCAGCGGCAAGACGUCCAUGCGCUCGUUGAUCUUCUCGAACAACCCUGCAUCGCUUACUGCGCGACUCGGUGCAACUAUCGAUGUCGAACAGAACCAUGUGCGCUUCCUCGGCGACCUCAUUCUCAAUCUCUGGGAUUGUGGCGGCCAGGACACCUUCAUGGAGACGUACCUGGCGCAGCAACAGUCCACCAUUUUCCAGCACGUUGCUGUCAUGAUCUACGUCUUCGAGGUUGAAUCGCGCAAUAUGAGCAAGGAUCUCGCGUACUACCGCGGGUGCCUCGCUGCCCUACGCAAGAACAGCCCCGAGGCGGCGGUGUUCCUGCUGGUGCACAAGAUUGAUCUGGUGCGAGGGGACCGGGCUGCGGUGUUGGAGAGGAAGACGCACGAACUCCAGCAAGAAAGUGCAGACGUCGAGGUUACAGUGUUCGGCACGAGCAUAUACGAUGAAAGUCUAUACAAGGCGUGGUCGCGGAUAGUGCACACUCUCAUCCCAAACGCGGCGGUGCUCUCGAAACAUCUUACAGUCCUCGCUCAAGCCUGCAGCGCGACGGAAGUGAUCCUCUUUGAGCGCACAACCUUCCUGGUCAUUGCAACGUCCACACCACCCCCCGCAUCGCCCACCGCCAUCACUUCUCCACCCACUAUGUCCCCCUCGUUCUCCACGCCUUCCUCGACACACACAUCCAGUAACUUCACAUCCACAACGUACUCACGGUCAAUACCACACACGAGUGUCCAGCAGGACUCCGAUCCGCACAAGCUCUCCCCGACGCGGUACGAACGCACCUCGGAGCUUAUCAAGGCAUUCAAACACGCAUGUUCGCGCGUCCGUGAAGAGUUCCACUCCCUCGAGAUGGAACUCGAUGACUUCACCGCGGUGCUCGACGAGCUCACGAAAAAUACGUAUGUACUGAUCGUGGUGCAUGAUCCCACAAUAGAAACCGCUGCGUUACGGAUGAACGUACGACUCGCCCGCAAGAAGUUUGAGGAGCUCCAGGGCGACAGCCUUAUCUCAUAGUACCUGACUGAGUGACUGAAAGUAGGUGUCACCGUGCGCUCAGCGCAAAUACCCGUAAUGGUGUACGUCGUCAUUAUCUUAUAGCGUAAUUACGUAGCGGUUGUUGGAGCAUCGAAUUCCAGUCUCCGUAUGGUGUAGCCAUCGAUAGAGUGUUGCGUUGAAGCAACAAUGCGAGGGAUACAGUAGAUCUAUGCGGUCAG